GCUUUGUAAAAUAUUUUCAUUACAGAGCAAUAUCUUGUGAUCUAAUCAACUUAGUUUACUGAGGAAAUGAACAUACAAUAAAACCAUAAAAUCAAGGUAAUUUGUUGACAAAUUGGCAGGAUUGAAUCGAUGAAGCAUUCUGAAUAAUUCGUAUAUCCCUACAGCAAAUGUUUGGAGAUAUUUGUUUAAAAUUUCACAAACGGUGCAUAUUUCAAGGUGAAACUGAUAAGCGUUGAAAUAUGUUGACUUUGAUCGUCAAACACCCCGUCAAGUUUAACCACGUGGGUAAAUACUCCACCAAUGGGAAAAUGAUUCUAUUUGUUGACCUAUUGCACGUGGAUCAAUUUAACCGAAAUACGCAUGUGUAAUAACCUUGUAACCCGUGAACCGGCCGUCUGCUAAGAAUGACAGUCCCAGGCCAUACGUCGAAUAUGGAGGAAAAACAGCAAUCUGUUGCGGGUACCCCAAAUGAAGCAAAUUUGCUGAAAUUAAUGGAACGUACAGGUUAUCCAAUGGUGCAAGAAAAUGGACAGAGAAAAUAUGGUCCCCCACCUGACUGGAACAAGCAAGUACCUCCCCGUGGAUGCGAAAUUUUCGUGGGUAAAAUACCAAGAGAUUGCUAUGAAGAUGAACUUGUUCCUGUUUUUGAGCGUAUUGGAAAACUUUAUGAGCUUAGACUUAUGAUGGACUUUUCGGGGAGCAACAGAGGAUAUGCAUUUGUAAUGUAUACCACUAGAUCGGACGCACAAAAAGCUGUUAGGGAAUUGAACAACUUCGAAAUUCGCAAGGGACGGUUACUGGGUGUAUGCACCUCUGUCGAUAAUUGUCGUUUAUUUGUUGGUGGAAUCCCUAAAACAAAGAACCGAGAGGAAAUUUUACAAGAGAUGAAAAAAGUCACGGAAGGAGUUGUGGAUGUGAUUGUGUAUCCCAGUGCAGUGGACAAGAGCAAAAACCGUGGAUUUGCUUUCGUUGAGUACGAAAGUCAUCGGGCUGCGGCAAUGGCAAGAAGAAAAUUAAUUCCUGGAAGAAUUCAGUUGUGGUCCCAUCAAAUUGCAGUCGACUGGGCUGAACCCGAGCAAGAUGUCGACCCAGAGACAAUGUCCAAGGUGAAAAUAUUGUAUGUACGAAACCUGAUGUUAAGUACAACUGAAGACACCAUACAAAGAUUCAUGAAUUGCAAACUAGGCAAGGACAGUGCUGUGGAGCGAGUGAAGAAGAUCAAAGACUAUGCCUUUGUCCAUUUCAAAGAUCGAGAUGAUGCUCUUCAAGCCAUGGAACUGACCCACAAUGCAACUCUUGAUGGUGCCAGAGUCGAAGUUGUUUUGGCAAAACCUGUUGAUAAAAAUGAUUAUAGGAAUUAUACCAGAGGAAAAACUGCUUUACAACAGGAUGAUAUUGAAGAGGCUCUAGAAUCGCAAUUAAAACAGCUCUCAUUUGAGGCUUUUGGUGGAUACAACAUGUAUGGUGAUCAAACCAUGUUUAAUCAAGUUUUCCAACAUCCUGGCAGAGAAUUCCAAGGUAGGACAGCCAUAGGGAUUCGUGGUGCCCUGAGAGGUCGAGGUCGUGGAGCGGCUGGAUCUAGGGGGGCAGGGAAUCAGAGAGCUGGUUUCAUUCCUGGCGUUAUGGGCAGAGGCUUGAGGAGGUAUCCUUAUGAAGACCGUUUAUAUGAUUUGCUGCCUGGCAUGGAAUUGACACCUACUAACCCUAUAACACUCAAACCACAAACUGUCAAACCUCCAACACAGAUUUUGGAUGACUUUUGCCAAAAGAAUGGUCUUGGCUCUCCACUUUAUCAACUACAUUCUACUCUUAAUGGAGACAGUCAGCUAUUUUUGUAUAAGGUUACUGUUCCAGCAUAUCCAAAUCCAUUUCAACCCAACAAAUUAUGUCGCACUGUGGAGGAUGCAAAAUGUUUUGCAGCAGAAUUUGUGAUGUCUCAGAUGGGAAUUCCAAUGGAUGGUCCACCAGAGAUGCCAACAGGUCCUGUAGUGGCUUCUGCACCUAUUGCUCCUAACCCGUAUCAGGGGAGGCCUAUAGGACCUGCUUAUGCCUCUAUUCCAAGUGCAGUGUCUGCCCGCCCAGACCUGACUUUUGCUUCUACCAUGCCAGUGGUGACCACUGCACCACCUUCUUAUGUUAUGGCACCAGGAGAGCUCCCACCUCCCCCACCACCUCAAAUUGCUGGUUUUGACACAGGAUACAUAAAGUGAGAUUACACAUCCUCAUUGUUAGCGUGUGGCAGAUUUGCAUAAUAUAUUUUUACUUUUUCGAAUAAGGGUUUUUGAAAUGGAAGGAAAAUAAACAAAAUGAGAGAAGUCAGUAUGAUCAUGAUGCUGACAUUUAAUCUACAGUUUUGAUUGGAGAAAACAAAAGUAGUAUUUGACAAUUGGUCAGGUUGUAUGUUUACAUUUUACUGAAGGACUUUGGAGGAGAUAUUGUGACUUAUGGUAUUAUAUUUCAUGUUAUGUGUGUAUUAUUGCAUGCAAUUUUAAUGUUAAUUGUUGGAAUCAUUUUAACUUUUAACAGUGUUCUAUUGAACACAACAACUUGUUCAUUUAGGAUUUUAUUCUCUCUUUUGAGAAGCAUUUUUUUUUAUUGUUUUUACAUAGGUGAAAUUCAAACAGAUAUAUUUAAUAAAAAUCAGUGAAAAAUUGAUAUUGUACCACAA